GUUCUGUGGUUCUCUGGGGCAUGCUUUUAAUUUUAGGUUAUGGUUUUGAAUUUCAAAAUAAAUAAAAUUAUUUUACAUUUUUAGAAUGUUUGGAAUGUUGUAACUUUAAAAAAUAUUUUGUAUAUCGUCAAAAUGAGUCUUGAGGAUGAACUAUUAAUCCAGUUAAACAGUGAGAAGGAAACGUUUACAAAAAAAUUACAAUAUGCUACAAACUUUUUCAAAUCGUCUGAAUUACCCGUAGAAUGUAAAAUUAUUCUUUUGAAAUGGAUUUUAAGUAAAACUGAUGAAAGCGUAGAAAUUUGGAUAACUCUUCAAAAUUGGUUGAACUCUAAUAGUUUUAAAGAGAUUACCAGAAAUGAGAUCAGUAGUAAAGACGUGAAGGCUAUUGUUGAAAUGAUAAUUAUAAAAAUAAAUUCAGAAAAUGAAGACAUAAGUAUUACAAGCAUAGUUUGUAAUAUUGUAACUAUUAUUUUGCGAAAUAGAACAUUUGAGCAAUAUUUUAAGAUUGACUUAGAAGUUUAUUUAAAAUUGAUUAACUGUACUUUGCUAAGGAUUGAAUGUUCUAACCAGAUAAUAGAUUUUAUAAACUCACACUUGUUUUAUAAAAGUUUAUUGAAUGCACAUGAUUUUAUGGAACAUUUUGUAAAUAUUAUAUUUCCAACCCUCGUUAAAAUUGCAGUAAAGUUUGAUAACAGAAAUGUGUUUCUUCAAAUAUCAAGAGUAGUUCAGAAAUGUAUAUUUUAUAAUAACCACAGAAACUUUGGCAAUUUUAUAAAUAAAAUUUUUGGAAGUGAUGAUCCAGAUCAGUGUGAAUUACAAAUAUUAUUAAAAUAUUUAUCCAACACCUUUCAAUUGAAUAAAAAAUCAGUGGAGUUUUACUUCAAGCUUGCCUUUCAUGGUUGUACAGUUUGUUAUGAAAGUGAUUCUUUAUUGAUCUAUAAGUUUUUUCUUAUUUUAAUUCACACAGUUGGAUUUAAGUAUGAACUAAUACCUUUGAACAAUAGUUUAAUACAUAAUUCAUCUGAAAUACAACACACUAAAAAGUCAUAUAAGAUUUUACUAGAAUUACUAGGAAUUCUGGAAGAAACUAAACUUGAAACAAAUUGCAAAAUUAAUGAAAUUAAUGUGACGGAAUUGUUAAAAACUAUCUUAAUUGAAUCUAUUAUAAUCCAUAAACAAUCGAAAACUAAUUAUCAAAUAGUUAAGAAAAUAAUUUUGUUAGAUCCUACUAUAUCACAAGUACUUACUGAACAUAUUUUAAAUUAUUCUUUAUUGUCAAAUAAAACUGAUCAUGAAGAAGAAUAUGAAGAAUUAAUGUUAAUAAUUCUUGAAGUAUUUUCAAAAUUGCAUAGAACUGAAAAUUUUGUUUCAAAACUAGUGGUUGUAUUAAAUAACUAUUUUGAUAGUGCUGAGAGGGUAGUUGAUUUACAAGAUCUGAAAAUGGAAAAUGUUUUAACUAUGAAAAUUUUACAAUCUUUCUCAAGAAAUAUUCAAAGUUUGGCAAGCUGGCAAGUAAUUAAUGUGUUUAAAACUUUUAUAUUUGCAUUCAGAAGAUUACUAGAAAAUAAAAGUAAAGAAGUAGAAAGUGAUACAGAUGCUCAUUCUCUUCAUUUAGAAUUUUUGAGUGAGCUGAUUGGAGUGUUUUUAUCAAGUAUACGAGUAGCAGAGCACACUGUUGCUGCCAAUGUAGUUGAAAAAACUAAAAAAUGCCUUAAAGAGUUAGAAGACUUGUUACAUACAUUUGGAAAACAGAUUUUAAAUAGGAAACAUAAUUGUAGUCUCAUGAGGUCUUUCUUAAACAUAGCUAACUAUUGGGCAGAAGUGGGUAUUGUUUUAAAAUACUAUUCAGUCAACCAGGAUGAUGUUCAAAAAAAAACACUUGAGAACAAUUUUUCAGCUUGUAAUAUAACAUAUUUACAUCCAUAUUUGAGUGUUGAAGAAUGGUGUCUAAUAUCAGAAAGAAUAAAUAAUUUUGGAGAAAUUGCUUGCAAACAUUUAUUGCAUAAAUUAUUUAUACAAAAAGUUCGAGCCUUAAGCAUUUUUGAACAAAAAAUAAAUGAUGAAAUCUUAGUGGAUUUAUCCAGAUAUUUGACAUCCGAUUUAGAAAAUAGCUGGAAGGAUAUACUCCAAAAUAAAUUGUUGACAAACAUUUUAAUACCAACAUUGGAUCCAAGUUCAAAAAACUUUAUAGCUGAAAAAUUUGUAGUUGGUAUGAAGGAUUUUGAAAACUUGAAUAAAAAUCUGCAUAUUUUUAAUAACACUUCCAUUUUAAAUGCAGUCAUUUAUUGCACAAUUAUAAAAUGUGAUAAAAUAUUAUCUAAAAGAAAAAGAAAAUUUGAGGAUGACUCCACAGUUAUUAGUAAAAUUAGUACAAACAUUUGUAAUGUGAUGACAUUAAAUCAGUUUUAUAAUGAAGAUGAACAAAUUAACUGUAUUAACAAAAUUACAAAACUAUAUGAAUCUAGUAACAAAAUAAAUUCAGAUAUCAUUCUUAAAUUCAAUGAAAAUAAAGUUUUAGAACUCAUUGAAGUUUUUAAAAAAUUUCCAGUAAUUUUUUGUCCGGAAUUUGUUCAAAAAUUCUUCAUUUUAUAUAUUUUUUCGUUACACAAGGAUCUAAAUUCAGAAUUUGCAAAAGGGAAUUACAAAAACUUGCAAAUGCAUAUUGAAUAUUUAAUUAUAGGUGUGUUGCAGCAAUAUAAAUAUAGAUUAACCGAUAUUUUUAAUAUCAAAUCACUAUUCCAGGAAGUUCUCAGUGAUUAUGAUGAAUGGAAGGAAGUCUUUAUACUAAUUAUUGACAAUAUCUUCAAAAAUAAAGAUUCCAUAGUUGAUUAUGAGUCACUUAUUUUGCAUAUUGUCGACAAGUUACACAAUCCAAUGUACAUGCAAUGCGGUAUCAUAAUUAUAAAUACUGUUAAUAAGUUAAGAAAAGUAAAGAUGUCCAAAGAAAUAAAAACUGUUGCCGAAAAUUACAAAUCUACAAUUUGUAAUAAAAUUUGUGACUUGGUAUUAAAAAAUCAACCAAAUGAACAUUUAAUACUCGCUUACGCCUAUGUUUUGAAAACCUUCUUUGCCCAAAAUGAUGAACAGCAAAUUUCCAAAUUGUUAAAUGUCAUGACUUCCUAUAUUAAUUUUGCCUUGGAAAGGGAAGAAGAAUUUGAUAAAAUUGGAUAUUUACUUCUUUUUAAUACCGUUUUCCAAAAUAAACCAAAAAUAAAAGAGUUCGAUGAAGAUCUACCACUUAAAAUUUGGCAAAUUUGCAAAACUAAUAAGAAAGUUUUUAGUAGAAUAGAAGAAUUUUCUCAAUUAAUGUUGUUGAUGAUAUGUUACAUUUCUAACGAUCAGUUCAACCAUAUUAUUAAGGAUCUCUCAGUUCUUUCCGAACACACACUUAAGCAAAAUAACUACGAAGAAUUCGGAUUCCUUUUGAAAACCUGGGAAUCAAUUUUCACGGCAAAUAUCAACCCUAUAAAAACUAAGAAUCUGCAAGAAGAGGUUCAAAAACUAUUAAGCGAUAUUUUAGCACACCUUGAAAAUUCCGAAUACAAUAAAAAUUUUUAUAAAAAUUUAUUCAAAUUUGAAAUAUUACUUGUACAAACAAACCACUUUCAUCUUACGCCUCCCAUGAUAGACAUACUGAUUUUAAAUGUGACGAUGUUACUCGGGAAAGAAGACAUCGAUUUUCAAUUAUUUUUCAACUUGGCAAUUUCAUUAUUAUCAAAUUUAUUAAAAUAUCGAAAAUCCCUUAUCAUGGACCGAUUACCACCUUAUUUACAACAGUACAGGGCGUUAUUGAGAAGUUUAUGUCAAAAGAGCAAUUCUGAUACUCCCAUAGAUGAACAUUUUCUACGAGACCUAGCCGAUUGUGCUUAUCAACUCGAAAAAUUGACAAAAAGCUUAGCGGUUCACCAGAAAGACAUGUCCAGGAUUGCUAUGUAUUUAAUCGCCGAUAUUUUGGAGCAGUAUGAAAAAGUUACGAUUUAUCCUAAUAUUAAGAUGCAUUUAAACAACUGUAUCUACAGUUUGGUAACUAUCUGUGAUCAACAUGCUGUUUCUUAUUUGAUGCGGGUGCUGUCUAGUGCUUCUACUGAAAUAUUUAAAGUUAUGUACGAGAAUUAUAAAAAAUAUUACAGGUUUACUGGUAAAGCUUAA